AGCGGACAGUAGAGGAAAGCGGAAGUAAACAUGGCUCAGGAGAAGAGCAUGGCGGUGCCGGAGUUUCUCAGUAAAGCGGAGUUGUUAAAACAAGGAGCAGAAGCCCGGGUGUACCGGGCACAGUUUCUGGGGAAGCCGACCAUUGUGAAAGAAAGGUUCCCGAAACGCUACAGACACCCGGCGCUGGAUGAAAAACUGACACAGCGGAGGACGGUGCAGGAGGUCCGCUCCAUACUGCGCUGCCGGAGAGCAGGCAUACCUGCCCCCGUGGUGUAUUUUGUGGACUACAGUUCUCACUGUAUAUUCUUGGAGGAAAUCAUGGGUUCCUCGACCAUGCGUGACCACAUCGCAUCCACUCAGCAGCAGUCUGAUUCCUGUAAGGAGCUGGAGGAGCUGGCUGGGAAGGUGGGCCAGAUCCUUGCCAAAAUGCACGAUGAGGACGUAAUCCACGGAGACCUGACCACCUCCAACAUGCUGCUGAGAUGCGGCGUGGAAGACGGGGAGCCCGACCUGGUCCUCAUUGACUUCGGCCUGAGUUACAUCUCUGCUCUGCCCGAGGACAAGGGGGUCGACUUGUACGUGCUGGAGAAAGCCUUUCUCAGCACCCACCCCAACACAGAGGCGCUGUUUGAGAAGCUGCUGAAGAGCUAUGCAGCUUCGUCCAAGAAGUCGUCAGCAGUUAUUAAAAAGCUUGACGAGGUUCGGUUGAGAGGGAGGAAGAGGUCGAUGGUGGGGUGAUGAUGCUUGCUGUGUACAGGGACAAAAACACGUUAGAAUUACAAAGACUGUUGUAUGUAAAGUAAAAAGAUCAAAUAAAAAAUGUUUUGUUAUGAAAUAGGAAGUUUUCUUCUUAUGUAAGGCUAAUAUGAUGAAGAAAAUGGACUUUGUAAUGACGCUAGCACAUUUUGGAACAGUUUGAGUGUUGACAUCUAUUAAAUAUCAGCGUCAGACUAUAUGCUCAUUAGGACACGCAUCAGCUUCCUCACAUAUAUUAUUGCAGAUAUAGUGGUAGCAUAUAUUAAGAAUCUACAGAGAUAUGAGUCCCUGUUGCCCCACCUUACCUUUUUUUUUGCCUGUCUUUGGUACUUUUCAGGUUAAAAGAUGUCUUGACAGCUAGGAUAAAACUAGGCAGAAAAGUUUAAAUGUCUGUUAAAGGUCCAGUGUAACAUUUAGGAGGAUCUGUUGUCAGAAAUGAAAUAUAAUAUGCCUAGUGUUUUUAACACUUAUUUUAAUAAAGCAAUUAGCAAUACCAUUUUA